UGCCCCUACUUACCUAGAUGUUCGGAUUUUGCUUGCUGGAGCUAUCCACUUCCCGUAUGAUAAUGUCAUCCCUUGAAAACAUUGUGAAGGUAUUGAUUUCGCAAGAAAUGAUUCGCAUUGCGACCAUAACACAUUCAUGUUCGUAUUUGCAGCAGGGGGCUUUCCAGGCUACUUCUCUGGAAACCCCAGUUUUUACCAACUCUCUGAACAGCUACGCCAUUGGGACGCCAUUAGAUUCCCAGGCUUCAGCCCUACAAACAGAUGAUAGCCUGUCACCGUCGUCAUUGGAUUCAGUCGUGGUGGCAGAGCAAAGCAUAAAGAAUGAGAGCUAUGGGAAUUCAAGUUCAGCCAAUUCUCUGAAUUGCAUGGGAAGUGACCAGCCCAACUUUUCGUUUGGGCUUUCUGAUUUAGCAAAUCAAAUUGGAAUCAAAUUGGGCGACAACCUCAGUUUUUCUUUUAUUGUUCAAUUGGAGCAGCUAUUGAGAGCAUCAGCAGUAUGCGCGGGUGAUUUCACGAAAACUCCAUAUAUACCAGUGUACGCCUCUUUGUCUAUGGGCAUUAUCAAUUGUUAUUGCCAAUUGGUUGAUCCUGAGGCUGUACGCGCUGAACUAAGGCAUCUAAAGUCUUUGAAUGUUGAUGGAGUUGUUGUAGACUGUUGGUGGGGGAUUGUGGAAGCCUGGACUCCUCAAAAAUAUGAAUGGUCUGGCUACAGGGAUCUUUUUGGUAUUAUUAAAGAGUUCAAGCUAAAAGUUCAGGUUGUAUUGUCAUUUCAUGGGUCUGGGGAGUGUGGAUCUGGUGGUGUGUUAAUUGCUCUUCCUAGGUGGGUACUGGAAAUUGCACAAGAGAACCAAGAUAUAUUUUUCACUGAUCGAGAAGGUAGGAGGAAUACAGAAUGCCUCUCCUGGGGAAUUGACAAAGAACGAGUCCUUCGAGGGAGAACUGGCAUUGAGGUUUAUUUUGAUUUCAUGAGGAGCUUUCAUAUGGAAUUCAGAAGCUUAUCUGAAGAGGGUCUUAUUUCUGCUAUUGAGGUUGGAUUAGGUGCUUCUGGAGAGCUAAGAUACCCUUCGUGUCCAGAAAAAAUGGGCUGGAGAUAUCCUGGUAUUGGUGAGUUUCAGUGUUAUGACAGGUAUAUGCAAAAGAACCUACGGCAAUCAGCCUUGGCACGGGGGCAUUUGUUUUGGGCCCGUGGGCCUGAUAAUGCUGGCUACUAUAAUUCAAGGUCACAUGAGACUGGCUUUUUUUGUGACGGAGGUGAUUAUGACAGCUACUACGGGCGUUUCUUCCUUAAUUGGUAUUCUGGAAUCCUCAUAGAUCAUGUGGAUCAGGUGCUCUCACUUGCUACUCUUGCAUUUGAUGGAGCAGCAAUUGUGGUGAAGAUCCCCUCCAUCUAUUGGUGGCACAGAACUGCAAGCCAUGCUGCAGAGCUUACUGCAGGAUUCUACAACCCUACAAAUCGAGAUGGAUACUCUCCAGUUUUCAGAAUGCUCAAGAAGCAUUCCAUAAUUCUUAAAGUGGUUUGUUAUGGCCCAGAAUUUACAGUUCAGGAGAAUGAUGAAGCAUUUGCUGACCCAGAAGGUUUAACCUGGCAGGUUAUGAACGCAGCAUGGGAUCAUGGUCUAUCUGUAAGUGUAGAGAGUGCUCUUCCAUGUCUUGAUGUGGACAUGUACUCUCGGAUCCUUGACACAGCGAAGCCGAGGAAUGAUCCUGACCGUCACCAUCUCUCAUUCUUCGCAUACCGUCAGCGAACUCCAUUCCUUUUGCAGAGAGAUGUGUGCUUCUCAGAGCUUGAGACCUUUGUAAAGUGUAUGCACGGGGAGGCUACCCAGAACUUUGUAGAUUGACAUAUUGCAGCUUGCGUUCUGCAAAUUUCCGCAUUCCCUUCGUGGCUAUCGCAAGAUUGAAACUCAUAUUUCUGAUUGCCGCGUUCCGGCCAUCUCCGCCUUAUGCUACGGGUCAGCCGAUCAGAUGGCACUGAAACUGAUGUGCCGGUGGUGGGCAGGGAUUAGUAUCCCUUAUCUGCGGUACAGGGCUGGUAGUUCAGCAAGUUUUUACCAUGGCGUCACCUGGCCUGGGCUGGAAAGAUGGAAAGAAUGGCGAGGCAUAUAUCUAAUAGUACUACAUUAUCAUGCUCUAAUAUGCAAAGAAAUCCUCUCCUGAAUGGGUGGUAAACCAUCUGUCUCUGAAUUCUCGAUGAUGCUUAGACUUUGUUUAACCGAAACAUCUUUCUAGAUUGUGACUGAAA